AUGGACCGCGACCGGGGCCCGCGGAGCUCGGCGGUGGACCUGGGCUUCGGGGCGCUCAGCACCGCGCAGCUCCGCGCCCUGAUGCGGGACGAGACGUGGCUGGAGCGCAUCGUCAAGCUGAGCAGGAAGUUCCAGAAUUUGCAGCUGGAGCGGGAGAUGCGCCUGGCCUCCAACUACGCACUGGCCAAACAAAACCUGGCUCUGCAGCCACGCCUGGAGAACGGCAAGGCCUCCCUCGCUAUCAAGUACCAGGAGCUGCGGGAACUUCGAGAGACAUGUCGGGACAAGCAGCAACGCUUGGGAGACUGUAUGGAAAAGUGGACCCCACAGAAUGCCGUGAGCAGACUGCAGGCUGAGCUGGAUGGAGUGGAGGCCAAAGUUGAGGAGCAAAUGGAGCAGUUCCUAUGCUGGGACCUUCCUAUCGAGACCUUCGUGGAGUCGUUCCAACACAGCCGCAUGCUGUCCCACCUCCGUCGCACUCAGUUGGAGAAACUGCAGGAGAUCCUCAAGCUGGAAAAGGAAAAGACCCCAGAGCAGCCCAGCCCCAGCUGUGAAGAGCAGCCGGCGAGCUCUCCCGCUCUUCCAGCUCCUCCAACUUUGGCCCAAGCCCCGCCAGCUCAGAAUGGGCCAGCCCCCAAGGUCUUCCAGCUCCGCUUGGCACCGGCUUUCCUGAUCCCUUCAGAAGCUGUGCUCCCCAUCCCGGUGGCAGCAGCCCCCCAAAAGUGCUGCCUGCCAACCCUGGCCACCUCGCACCCCAAGGCCCCCUUUGUGGGCUCUCCCUUGAGUCUGAUUGGACACAUCCACUUGCCACAGGCUCAUUUGCCUCACCAGAAGAAAAAGGAGCCUCCGCACCGGUAG